AUGGGCCAGUACACGUCAGGCAAGUACACGUCAGGCCAGUACACGUCAGGCAAGUACACGUCAGGCCAGUACACGUCAGGCAAGUACACGUCAGGCCAGUACACGUCAGGCCAGUACACGUCGGGAAAGUACACAUCGGGCAAGCACACGUCAGGCAAGUACACGUCAGGCAAGUAUACGUCAGGCAAGUACACGUCAGGCCAGUACACGUCAGGCCAGUACACGUUGGGCAAGUACACGUCAGGCAAGUACACGUCGGGCAAGUACACGUCAGGCAAGUACACGUCAGGCCAGUACACGUCAGGCAAGUACACGUCAGGCAUGUACACGUCAGGCCAGUACACGUCAGGCCAGUACACAUCGGGCAAGUACACGUCAGGCAAGUACACGUCAGGCAAGUACACGUCGGGCAAGUACACGUCAGGCAAGUACAUGUCGGGCAAGUACACGUCAGGCAAGUACACGUCAGGCCAGUACACGUCAGGCAAGUACACGUCAGGCAAGUACACGUCAGGCCAGUACACGUCAGGCCAGUACACGUCAGGCAAGUACACGUCAGGCAAGUACACGUCGGGCAAGUACACGUCAGGCAAGUACACGUCAGGCAAGUACACAUCAGGCCAGUACACGUCGGGCAAGUACACGUCAGGCAAGUACACGUCGGGCAAGUACACGUCAGGCAAGUACACGUCAGGCAAGUACACGUCAGGCAAGUACACGUCAGGCAAGUACACGUCAGGCAAGUACACGCAAGUACACGUCAGGCAAGUACACGUCAGGCAAUACACGUCAGGCAAGUACACGUCAGGCCAGUACACGUCGGGCAAGUACACGUCAGGCAAGUACACGUCAGGCAAGUACACGUCAGGCAAGUACACGUCAGGCAAGUACACAUCAGGCCAGUACACGUCGGGCAAGUACACGUCAGGCAAGUACACGUCGGGCAAGUACACGUCAGGCAAGUACACGUCAGGCAAGUACACGUCGGGCCAGUACACGUCAGGCAAGUACACGUCAGGCAAGUACACGUCGGGCAAGUACACGUCGGGCAAGUACACGUCAGGCAAGUACACGUCAGGCAAGUACACGUCAGGCAAGUACACAUCAGGCCAGUACACGUCGGGCAAGUACACGUCAGGCAAGUACACGUCGGGCAAGUACACGUCAGGCAAGUACACGUCAGGCAAGUACACGUCGGGCAAGUACACGUCAGGCAAGUACACGUCAGGCAAGUACACGUCAGGCCAGUACACGUCGAGCAAGUACACGUCAGGCAAGUACACGUCAAGCCAGUACACGUCGGGCAAGUACACGUCAGGCAAGUACACGUCAGGCAAGUACACGUCAGGCAAGUACACGUCAGGCCAGUACACGUUGGGCAAGUACACGUCAGGCAAGUACACGUCGGGCAAGUAA